ACUGCUAAGACCCAAUACACCGUUGUGAUGGGGACUUCAACGCCAAAGUGGGAGUACAAGAAUGCGACGAAUCGAGGGUAGGACCUCAUGGCUUUGGUAGCAGAAACCAGAGAGGGCAAAUGCUUGUUGACUUCCUCGAAAGGGAGGGUCUGUACUUGAUGAAUUCUUUCUUUGAGAAACAGCCCCAGAGGAAGUGGACAUGGGCAAGCCCCGAUGGUAGGACGAAAAACGAAAUCGACUUCAUUAUGACUGACAAGCGGCACAUAUUCAGAGAUGUCUCAGUGAUCAAUAGGUUUAAAACUGGGAGUGAUCACCGACUUCUCCGAGGUACUCUGAAUAUUAACUUCAAGCUGGAGAGAAGACGUCUGGUGAAGUCGACCCUUCGUCCCACACUGAACCAAAUUAGAGCUGGCAACACCAGCUUCCAGAGAGAACUACAGAGCCGAUUCGAAUCGCUGGAAACCACUACGGAUAUUGACGCGGAUACAAUCCAAAUAGUGAAGCCUCUUCGUGAGGUGGGCCACAGACAUUUUAGCAUAAGAAGCAAAAGCAAGGAGUCUAAACUUUCAAGCGAGACACUCGAGCUUAUGAGGCAGAGACGUGAAUUUCCGUCGGCAGGUGACACUUCGUCAGAGCUACGGGUACUCAACAAGCGUAUAAAGAAGCUGAUACGAAGAGAUCUCCGUCGCUCCAACACACGCGCCAUAGAAGCAGCAAUUGAGCAAAAUCGGGGGUCAAAAGUCUUCGUUCAGCAACUUGGGAGAAGCCACUUGACGAAGUUGAGGUCUGCAGAUGGUAAUAUCGUUGCCUCUAAGCCGGAGGUUCUUGCCGAAAUCGAAGGUUUUUACGGACAACUUUAUGCUUCACACGCGCAGAAGUCUGUGGCUCAGCUCACCGAUUCCAGAGCGCCACUAAUACGCCACUACACUGACGACAUCCCGACGUCGACAUAGGCGAGAUAAGGAUAG